AGAGAGAACGAGAGCGAGAGCGAACGAGAGCGAGAGCGAACGAGAGCGAGAGCGAACGAGAGCGAACGAGAGCGAGAGCGAACGAGAGCGAACGAGAGCGAACGAGAGCGAACGAGAGAACGAGAGCGAGAGAGAACGAGAGCGAGAGAGAACGAGAGCGAGAGAGAACGAGAGAGAGAACGAGCGAGAACGAGCGAGCGAGAACGAGCGAGAACGAGCGAGAACGAGCGAGAACGAGCGAGAACGAGCGAGAACGAGCGAGAACGAGCGAGAACGAGCGAGCGAGCGAGCACGAAGAACGAGAACGAGAGAGAACGAAGAGAACGAGAGCGAGAGCGAGAGAGAACGAGAGCGAGAGAGAACGAGAGCGAGAGA